AUGGAUGGGUACCAUCACUCGGACGAUUCACAUCUACGUGCUCACAUCCAAGAACUACUGGCUGAUUAUGUGAAGACACAUUUAACGCUGGAUCACGUAGCUUUCACAGAGAACGCGACAGAACAGCUUUUCUCUGAAAGUUUACAUUUUGUGUCACUGACUGAAGCUAACACUUUUAUUCUCCCCCAAAACCCCUUCGACACGCUAUGCCAGUCUCUGGGCCUUUCGAACUUACAACCAUACGAAGAAAGAUGGGUGGCAGAUGUAGAUACCAUUAAGUUUGCCAAAUCAGCACUCAACUUGACGAGUGAGCCUAGGACGAAGUCCUGCUGGCUCGAAGAGGAAAAGGAUUGCUACGCAUCUUUAUGUCGGCCUAUGUCUCCAGUAUUAACCGCUCGUGCUAUUCGCCGUAGUCCGAAGUUGGGGCAUGGCGCAGCUCUCGCCUCCAUACCAAGGUCUAAAAUGGAUAUACAGAAGUUAACAUCAUUCGAGACCGUCGAUAUGGAGGAUAUAUGUGAACCAGCACCAGUCAGUCUUAAAGUGGAAGAAGUCUUAUGUAUCCGGCAUCAAAUCCAGCCUGAUACUUAUGCUGCUAUGGCGAAAAUCUUGAAAUGCAUCCCCUUUAUGUUACCCUCCUCUAAUCAUGCGCAUAUAAACACGUCACUAGAUACUUUUCUUCGUUGUACAUCUCCAGUUCUAGAAUUACCUCGAUGUGACACACCGCCACUAUUCCCGAGAAACCGUUCCGCAGGGUACGACCAGAACAAGUUACUGAGUCGUCCUCAAGAUCAGAUAUCAUUAGGUCUUUCGGCCCUUACAGAAUUGCCUGCCAUGAUUCCCAAAGCAGAGCCCGGAAGCGACGAUGACAAGGAUAUAAAUCGAAAACACAUGGCCAUCGUUGACGGUUGGGGUGCGUUCCGCUUUUGUGCUCUUUACCUGCCUCCCUUGAUUGAAAAACGGGACAUAGUCACAUAUGGGCCAUCCUCAUCUCCGCUAUCUUUGGCUUCCAGUUCAAGCCAGGUGGAUCAGUUAUUCUUACAUUCGCCUCCCGAAACAUCACCUGAAAUCAAGUAUUUAUUGGAUGCUGAGAUGGACGAAGCGGAGAUUCCAAGGGCCAGACAACCUGGCACAAAACCUGUACCCAGUAUUACGGAAGGAAAACGCAUCGGUUCUUUCCUGUCACCUUUCAUAUCUGACAUGAAGCAAUCCAUAUCUCAAGGGGUGAACCAAUCAAAGUCGUCACCUAGCAAAACUCGAUUAACGACUCCUCCACCGGACGAUGACAUGGACUUUGAUUGCGAUUUGAAUCAGGUUUAUAAAAGUGUGCAACAAGAAGAUAUUAGAAGCAUCAUUAUGGGGGAACAACUAGAUGCGAAAGAUACGCAUUUAAUGGAAGUACCAGAUCUUCCACCUCCCACAGCCUAUCCACGUCAUCCGAUGUUUUAUCCGACUAGCCUACGUACAUACGUUGCCCAUCCGUCAUCUUCUCUAACGGAAACCACACCAGCUCAAAGCAGUACUGACCAGGGGCCCCGAAAUUUUCUUCAAAAGGUCAAGGGAGUGAAACCACUCAGUCUCGAGCUGUCGUGGAAGCCCUUCCAGUUUGGUUUCAAGAUCCCUACAGAUGAAGAAGUCAGCAAAGUUGAUGGGACUUUCCGAGAUGAGCUGGACAUUUCUUACGAACAUCACGGUGACCAGGUAGACAAACUACUGGGGAAAACGGUUACAGUCCGUGAAGAGCACGAUACUAACAUCAUGCGCGGAUGUAUCGACUUCGGAACGAGUCCGAACCGCCUCCAGAACAUAUCACUAGGUAACGAUAGUAUUGGGUUACUGCUUACCAGGGGGGAGAGAGAGCGUCUUUCCGGCCUUAAUGCUGUCACUGAGUCGGCCGAUCAAAGCAUGAGUGGUGUCUCCGGCCUAGAAAAAGGACCUGUCGGAAACUACCGUCAAGUUAACAGCCGCUCUAGCGAUUCAUCCCCCGUCCAAGAUUUCAUUGCAGUGGUGAACACCGAUUUUGGCGAAUAUGAUACCUACCAAUCGCGGAACCAAAGUUCCCCCAUCGCGAACGCACCCCAGCUCAAUCAUAUUUCGUAUGCUGUGGAUGACAUCGACAUACCUACUGAAGAUGAAAGAAACCUAGAGGAGCUUUCAAACGUUCAACUCGACUGUAUGCCCUUCAAUCCGCAAAGUGGGGUUGCUCGUGACCAAAUGUCGGAUCGUACAGACCAUGGACUGUUUUUACCCUUAUCUUUUGGAUCUCAAGGCCCGAAUAUCUCCCAUACGGUGCCAAAUUCUAUUUCCGAUGCUACCUCUGCUUUCGAUACGCCGGGCGCUAAUAUGACUCACAAUGGUACUAACAGUGCGGCACUUUUGAAUACGUGUAUUGGUCUCUCGCAGUUUGAUAUCUCCCUUGAUUGUGCUUCAAACGCAAAACAUUCUCGGACAUCGCUUAUACAGGAAUCGCUUACAUUGUUUAUGGAUAUGCGCAACAAGAAAGAUCUCACUGAAACCCAACCUGUGGAGGCCGAUGCGGAGCAAAACCUCGGCGACCAUUCUCAAUGUCCAGGUGAUCUCGAUGGUUAUGUUCGCGAGUGUUCUCUAUCUCGUUCUACUCCUGCCGAAUUAUACGAUCAAAAUACGCUUCGCCUUCCUGACAGUUGGACGCCUCCAAUGACUUUACACAGGUAUCUGGCAUCGAUGGACUUUAUUCAAAAACGUAAUCUUGUGUGCUCUUUUCAAUCUGACAUCUAUGCUGUAGACCUCGUCGAGCGCCAAGCUUUGGGUGAUGUUGACUUGAUCUUGGAUCCCGACUCAGCUAUCAUCUUCGUGUCUCUCCUUUCCUUGCCAAGUCAAGUCAAGCAUAUCAUUCAAAGACUGGAGCAGCAAACGUGGCGGUUUUCUCAUAUUCUUGUUAUUUUUGAAGCUUUUCCGAGUGUUCACGUAUUUAAAUCCGACGAAUGCAGCUCCAAUCGGCCCAUCCCAUACGCUUACACACCUCCCACCCAAAAGGCCAUCAAGACGCUCAGACGAAUUCUCGAUAUAUCAGACGCCUAUCAAAGUAAGAAUACGACCACACAAAUCUCCUUCGCAUUUGCAAAUACCGUCCAUGAAGCAGCGCUGUUCACGAGGCACUUUGGUAAUCUCGUCGAAAUAAAUGAUCCACGCUCAGGUAUCCUCUGGGGGCAACGAGAUUGGCUGCAUGAUGAGGAGUAUGAGGGGGAGACUGAUCUUGCGUGUGCUGAUGGUAUGAAUACCUUUGCAGCGUUUAUCAUGCUCUCCCAGAGACCGCUCGAAGACAUCUUAGACCUGUUACCUGACGCUAGGAUUCAGGAAUUUGCACCUCUUUCUUUUAUCUCUAAGGCUACUCUUAACGCUGUAAUUGCGCGUCGCAUCCAAGAUAUGGAGAUGCCCGAUCUUAUCGCCAAUAACAACUUUCUACCCGAGCGGUCGAUUGUCGAUUCAGAGCAGGAGGGUGUGGGCCGUCUCUACUGA